AUGAUAGAAAACAAAGGGAAUGAGGAGAGUGUUAGCGGAGAAGAUGAGCAAUUGGAGAAAGAGAUUCCUUCGUAUGCCAAGUUCCUCAAGGAGAUAAUGACGCGCAAAAGGAAAUUGGAGGAUCGCGAAAUAAUAGCAUUAACUGAGGAGUAUAGCGCCAUCAUACUAAACAAGCUGCCACCAAAGUUGAAAGAUCCGAGGAGAUUUUCUCUACCUUGCACUAUUGGUAACAUUGAAUUUUCAAAAGCAUUAUGUGACUUUGGUGCAAGUGUGUCCUUAAUUCCUUUAACGGUGGCUAGACAACUAGAGUUGCAUGAGCUAAAACGCACAAAUAUUACUUUGCAGUUAGCAGAUCGGUCUAUUAGAUAUUCACUAGGAGUCUUGGAGAAUAUACUGCUCAAAAUACAAAAAUGUAUCAUUCCGGUGAAUUUUGUGGCAUUAGAUAUGGAGGAAGAUAUAUCUAUACCAAUUAUCUUAGGUAGGCCAUUUUUAGCAACUGCGGGUACUAUUAUUGAUGUUAAAAAUGGCAAACUCAAGUUUCAAAUAGGUGAAGAAGAGGGGUACAAAAGGAGAAUGAUGAAGAAAGAGAAUUAUAGACCCAAUAUUUGGAUGCACAACCUCUUUAUAGGAAGGGGUAUGUUUGAAAAGCUUGGACAAGAAAAGAGACUUCCACCACCGUCGGAGAUAGAAACUCCAAAACUUGAACUCAAGCCACUUCCUAACCACUUGAAGUAUGAGUUUCUUGGUGAAAAUGAAACUCUUCCAAUGAUUGUUAGUGCGUAUUUGGAAGAAGAGCAACUCAAUAAGUUGCUAUGA